UCGGAAGCUGCGGACUUUCUCCAGGCUGUUGCGAUCCCCGGAGCGAUGCCGUCCCCUUUCUCAGUCAGAGCCUUCCCUGUCAGCAUCCCCGCGGUGAUCAUGGAAACAGACUGGACAGAGCCAUGGCUUUGGGGGCUCAUGGUCUUCCACCUGCUGUGCCUGCUUCUCACAUGCUUCUCAUCACAGAGGUAUAAACUACAGAUCGGGCACUUCCUGUGUCUGGUGCUGUUGGUCUAUUGUGCUGAGUACAUCAACGAAGUGGCUGCAAUGAAUUGGAGAUUGUUUGCAAAGUAUCAGUAUUUUGACUCCCGGGGAAUGUUCAUUUCUAUUGUGUUCUCCGCACCAUUGCUGUUCAAUGCCAUGGUCAUUGUGAUUAUGUGGGUACGGAAGACGUUGAACGUGAUGACUGACCUGAAGAAUUUACAAGAGCAAAGAAAGGAGAGGAAAAGGAGAAGAAAAGAAGAAUAAUGCCUAGCUGCUGCUGCUUCCACAGACCUUGUUUCUCCUCUGGCUCAGUUGUGUCUGGUUGUAAGCUGCACGUGGCCCAGAUGUCUCCUGUCAGCUGACUCACAGCUUGGAAAAUGGUUCUUCUGUUUUACACUCCACAAAUGGUUCUUACAUUUUACUCCUUUUGGAGCCCUUGCUAAAGCUGUUUCUUCAAAGAACUAACGAGGUCACCUGGACGCAUGUUGACUGUGGACCCAUCCUGUACACAGUGGGAGCUUUCUGAUUCAUCCACAUCCUACACAGCUUUUCACAAUGUGCUGGUAGAUCUCAUGUAACUAGAGUUCGCUCAGUUGUGAGUGUGGAAACUGAGAAAUAAACAGUGCCAUCCCGCCAUGGCACCACUACCAGCCCA